CUAGGGAGUGAGAGCUGAGCGUAAAAAAAACUAGUUCACGUUUGCCAAACUCCGAAAUUGACGCACCAUAUCAGAAUUGUAUCAACAACAAAAAAAWUCWAAAUCGUUUAUGUUUUUUGUUGUUGUUUCAAGAUAUUGCAACAUUGUAAAUUAACUUUAGGCUACGUAUUCCAGUGAAAGCUGAAGUCACCGUGAUACUGAAACUUGGACUAGCAUCAACUGAAAGUGGACUUGAGUCUUCUGAAAAUCUAUCUUGAAGCCAUAAUUUGCUGAUUUUUAUUGCUUUUAAAAACAAACGUCUCAUUAACAAAUCGAGGACAUCUUGGGGAUUAAACCGACCUGCUCGACCUGGACAUGGUUAUUAUUGGACUGGUUUGGACCUAAGCAUGAACUGUUGGCAGGUGUCCGUUCUGGGUGUUAUGUUUAUAUCAUAUCUACAGCACACGUCGUCUCAAACACAGGAAGUGGUGUGUCCUGGUACCCAGAAUGGGCUGAGCUCCACAGGAUCUCAGGAGAACCAGUACAACCUGAUCAAGGACCGCUACACAGGCUGCGAGAUUAUUAUGGGUAACCUGGAGAUCACCCAGAUAGAAAGUGACUGGGACUUCUCCUUCCUAGGGACCAUCAGAGAGGUAACAGGCUACAUCCUAAUCGCCAUGAACCACUUCAGACGGCUGCCUCUGGAACAGCUGCGUGUGAUCCGUGGUAACAGCCUGUACGACCGGGGCUUCGCCCUCUCUGUGUUCCUCAACUACCCCAAGCAGGGCUCCAAUGGCCUGCAGCACCUGGGACUCACACAUCUCACCGGUGAGGAGAGGAGAGGAGAGGGAGGAAGGGGUGGAGGAGAUGAGGAGGGAGUGGGUAGAGGAAGAUGAGAGAGGAGAGUACAGAAGGAAAGAGUAGAGGUGAGAAGGAGGGAUAGUGGAUAAAUUGAACCGGUGCUACCCUGGGUCAAAGAGAGAGCCAGGCAGAGUGAAGCUCCAGUACCACACAGGUCCAAAGAGGACAAGGAUUUAAAGUAGGAUACAAAUCAAAUGAAAUCAAACRUUAUUUA